AUGGAUUUGCGAGGCAAUCUCUUUGGCAACAAAGCCCGUGGCGGCGGGCUUCCCGGACGUCCAGGCGGCGGCGCACCACCACCGCCCGGCUACGAUGGAGGAACACGGGGCUACGGGGCGCCGCAGCAACGGGCACCAGUCGGCAAUUAUGGAAGGGCCCCUCAACAGGCGCCGACACAGAUGCAGCAACCGCCACAACAAGGGUAUGGGGGUGGCGUGCGAUUGCGGCUGGCCAAGGUGGACGACAAGACGCUGCAGCAGGUAUACAUCUUCACCAACGUGUGUGCGGUGUCGCCGCGGGACUUUCCACCGUCGCGCGAUGGAUCGGACCUGUAUCUGCGGCUGACGGGAAACAUGCUGGACGGCGACUUUGUGGUGACGGCACGGCCGACACCGGGAUUUCCUGACGGCUGCAUUGCUCUGUCAGACCCACAGCGGACGUGGCUGCGGGUGGGCAUGAUGGACGAGCUGAUCGGCGAGGUGUACAGCCCGUUUGCUGCAGGCGGCAGCCAGGCGUAUCUGGGCACGAUGGACGUCGAGAUCGGAUUUGCGUCGGCCAAGAAGGUGACGGACACGACGUACGACCAGGACGCGCUGGCCGACGUGAUGACCAAGACGUUUGCCAACCAGAUCUUUGCGCCGGGUCAGCGGCUGCUGUUGGACGUGCACAACAUGCCGCUUUCGCUGGUCAUCAAGACGGUCCAGCUGGCCGACCUGAGCAUGGAAAAGGCCAGCGGAGCGGCGGCGGCGGCGGCUGGCGCAGCCACGCGCACAGAUCCGGGUGCCCGUGGCAUCCUGGUGCCGCAGACGGCCAUCUCGUUCUACAAGAACGCCGGCUCGCCGAUCAAGCUGUCCGGGUCGACGAAGCGGGCGGCCGCCAACUCGAUCAUUGCGCCCGACUUCAAGUUCGAGGACAUGGGCAUCGGCGGCCUCGACAACGAGUUCUCGACCAUCUUCCGUCGCGCCUUUGCGUCGCGCAUCUUCCCGCCCGGCUUGAUCGAGAAACUGGGCGUACUGCACGUCAAGGGCAUCCUGUUAUACGGGCCGCCGGGCACGGGCAAGACGCUCAUUGCGCGCCAGAUCGGCAAGAUGCUGAAUGCACGAGAGCCCAAGGUGAUCAACGGACCGGAGGUGCUGAACAAAUAUGUCGGUCAGAGCGAGGAGAACAUCCGAAAAUUAUUUGCCGAUGCCGAGAAGGAAUACAAGGAAAAGGGAGACGAGUCGCAGCUGCACGUGAUCAUCUUCGACGAGCUGGACGCGGUGUGCAAGCAGAGAGGCUCGGGAAGCGGUGGCACAGGUGUGGGCGACAGCGUCGUGAACCAGCUUCUGAGUAAGCUAGACGGUGUGGACCAGCUGAACAACAUCCUGCUGGUUGGCAUGACCAACAGGAAGGACAUGAUCGACGACGCUCUCCUGCGUCCGGGUCGUCUGGAAGUGCAGAUUGAGAUCUCGCUGCCAGACGAGGAAGGACGCGUGCAGAUUCUCAAGAUCCACACGGCCAAGAUGUCCAAGAACGGCAUCCUCGACCGCGAUGUCGACAUUGAUAAGCUAGCUUCGAAGACCAAGAACUUUAGCGGUGCCGAGCUGUCUGGUCUGGUGAAGAGCGCCACCUCGUUUGCGUUCAACCGACACAUCAAGGUGGACACGAUGGCGGGCAUCAGCGACGAUGUGUCGCAGAUGAAGGUCAACAUGAGCGACUUUGAGAGCGGCUUGACAGAGGUCAAGGCGGCCUUUGGCGUGUCGGACGAAGAGCUUGAGGAGGCGCUGACAUACGGCAUCAUCCACUACUCGCGCACCAUUGAGAACAUCAUCCGGGAGUGCGAGGUGUACGCCGGCAACGUGCGGCAGCUGGACCGACUGCGGCAUCUGUCUGUGCUGUUGCACGGUCCUGCUGGCAGCGGAAAGACGGCUCUGGCUACACAUGUGGCUAUCAAGAGCGGAUUUCCCUUCAUCAAGGCUGUCACUCCCGAGAGCCUGGUGGGCUACUUCAACGAGGCCGGCAAGAAGGACUACCUGCACAAGGUGUUUACGGACGCGUACAAGUCGCCGCUGAGCCUGUUGAUCCUGGACAACAUUGAGCGGCUGAUUGAGUGGAACCCGGUGGGCCCGCGCAUGUCCAACGUGAUGGUGCAGGCGCUGCUGACGCUGCUGCGGGCGCCACCGCCCAAGGGCCACCGGCUUCUGAUCCUGGCGACGACAUCGCGGCGUUCUGUGCUCGACCAGCUGGACAUGACCGAGGCCUUUGAUCGCCAAGUGGCCGUGCCGGCCGUGGCUGACACGACCGAGCUGGCGGCUGCCCUAACGCAGUUUGGCGCCUUUAGCGACACGGCUGACGUUGGUCAGGCCAUCGACACCGUGCGCCAGUACAACGGCGGUGGCGAUCACGUCGGCGUCGGCAUCAAGACGGUGCUGACAAUGGCCGAGUCGGCGGCCAUGGUGGACGACGCAGCCGGCUGGUUUGCCGAUCAGCUGGGCCGGGCGAUGGCGGCGAACAAUCCGGGAAGUGUGUAG